AUGGGGGAGAUUUAUAUAAUCCACGUCUCCCAGCAGCCCUUUGAGCCCGAUGGAGUGUAUUGGGAAGCAGGAAUUGGAACACAAACUGGAACUCAUUUCCAUCUUCCCCAGAGCUCCUUCUACUCCUCUCCCAGCUCAGAAGAUAAAAUAACAAUCCACUUUAUAAACCGUGACGGUGAAACAUUAACAACCAAAGGAAAAGUUGGUGACACUCUGCUAGAUGUUGUGGUUGAAAAUAAUCUAGAUAUUGAUGGUUUUGGUGCGUGUGAGGGGACCUUGGCUUGCUCCACUUGUCACCUCAUCUUUGAAAAGCACAUAUUCGAGAAGUUAGAACCAAUCACUGAUGAUGAGAAUGACAUGCUUGAUCUGGCGUUUGGGCUAACAGACAGAUCACGUUUGGGCUGCCAAAUCUGUUUGAAAAAAUCAAGGGACAAUAGGACUGUUCGAGUACCCGAUGCAGUGGCCGAUGCCAGACAGUCCAUUGACAUGGGCAAGAACUCCUAAACUAGAAUAAAUAGGAAUAUUUUAAUGAAAUUUUACCUAUUUUUAUAAUUAUUAUUUCUUAAUAUAAGGACAUGAGAAUGUGGAUGAAUGCAUUUAUUAUUAGGACUGGCUUUACUAGUUUAAUUCACUUCAUGUAACUGCUGAAUUUUGCAUUUUCAGAACUGAAAAUGUCCCAUUUUUAUUUUGAUUAAAUUAUAAAAAUGUCAGCCGAAUAUUAGAAAAUAGUUCAUAUGAUAAAUAUUUUACCUUACAUUUGUUUAGCAACUUUAGCAAAAUGUUUUCACAUAAUCUUAUGUCUGUUUACCUAAAAGCUAGGUUUAAAGAAGGAUAUUAUUAUUCUUGUUUGAUGUGGGUAAGGGCAGAGCUCUAAAAUGGCUUGUCUAGACCCAUACAACUAAUUAGAAAAUCUGUAUUAGAGUUUGUAUCUUGUACCUAGUUGAAAGCCCUAUGUUCAGACUAAAACUGGAAAAAUGAGUAUCUUAUAUGUAGAAGUUGUUAGAUGUGAAUGUGUCUGCUGAAAAUAUUUCAUUGUUCAGUGAACUGUUUAAUUUCGAAGACAGUAAUUUACUUCAUAAAUAAAUAUUUCAAAUUUUUGAUUUAGCAAAAAGUUUAAGUCUGAACAUAGGCAUUGUAACACUAUCAGAGAAUUUGGUCUCUGUUUAGACUAAACUAGAGGAAUAAACUGAGAUGUCCUUACUCUUUUCCGAGAAAAA